GCGUCUGGGCCAGGCGGGGCCGGGGUCACCCUGAGCUGUGGACAGCGCCGCGAUGCUGAGCAGGUUCCUGGGUCCGCGCUACCGCCAGCUGGCCUCGAACUGGAUUCCCACGGUGAGCAUGUGGGGCGCCGUGGGCACCGUGGGGCUGGUGUGGGCCACUGACUGGCGGCUGAUUCUGGACUGGGUGCCCUACAUCAACGGCAAGUUUAAGAAGGACGAUUAAUUCCGCUGACCCUCGGUGAAGCCUUCUGGUAUCUGGUGGUGCCAGCUCCUUCCAUCUGCGUCUGGAACAACCCAAGCCCUCAGGAUAGACUGCGAGGAAAUCCACAGCGCGACUUAGGACUUGCUGUGUUUCUGGAAACAGCUCUGAUGUUUGAAUGCACACAGCAUUAAACCUCGCUCUGAAACCUGCCCUGCCUGGAUGUCGUCAUGCUGGAGACUUGGUUACCUUGACUGCAGCCCCGGUGGCUCGGGUGACCGGGGGGUCCUUUCAGCUCCAAACUUUUGCAAAUCUAGGAGUUUCCCAGUGGCUGUCAGAAAUUGAUUAUUUAAGAUGUUUAAUGGGUAA